ACAGAGUACAGACAGAGCUGGAAUCACUGGGACACAGGAUGGCUCUAAACAUUGCAGGAACGCUUCUCCUGGCUACUGGGGUCACCCUCCUCAUUUAUCUCAUGAAAUGGUGGGGUUGGGUCAAGCUGAAGAACCUACCGCCAGGACCUACACCUCUACCCGGCCUGGGGAACAUCCUGCAGAUCAGUACCUCAGAACUACCACAGUCUUUAGUUGAGCUGAGUAAGACAUAUGGACCUGUCUAUACCGUAUAUAUAGCGAACAUUCGGACGAUAGUGCUGAUCGGAUAUGAUGCAGUGAAGGAAGCAUUGGUGGACUGCAGCGACGCGUUCAGUGAUAGGGGAGACACAGGAGCAGCAGAGUAUUUUUUUAAGGAUUUUGGGGUCAUUGCAAGCAGCGGAGAAAGGUGGAAAAUCCUUCGUCGAUUUUCUCUGACAACUUUGAGAAAUUUUGGAAUGGGAAAGAGGAGCAUUGAAGAAAGAAUCCUAGAAGAAGCCCAGUGCCUUGCUGAGAAAUUUAUGAAAGACAAAGAUUCGCCAAUUAACCCAAUGCAUAUAUUACGACUCGCUGUUUCCAACGUCAUUUGCUCCGUUGUUUUUGGGGAAAGAUUUGACUAUGAAGACCAAAAAUUCUUGAAUCUUUUGAAAUACUUCAACGACCUUCUCCAGGUGUUUAACUCCCGUAUAGGGCAGCUUUUUAACAUAUUCCCAACCCUGAUGUCCUACCUUCCUGGUCCUCACCAAGGGAUGUUCAAAAUGACAAACAUACUGAAGCAAUAUUUUGAAGAGAUGGUGAACACCCACCGAGCCACCCUGGAUGAGAACUGCCCUCGUGACUUCAUAGAUUGUUUCCUUAUAAAGAUGGAGGAGGACAAGAAGAACCCAGAUACCGAAUUUCAUGCGGAAAACCUAGAGGCAUUAAUAGUAGAUUUAUUCUUUGCUGGAACGGAGACUACAAGCAUGACAUUGCGAUAUGGUUUUCUCAUACUCAUGAAAUAUCCAGAAAUACAAGAAAAGAUCCACAAAGAGAUUGACAAUGUCAUAGGCAAAGAUCGCUGUCCGUCAAUAGAUGACAAGAGUAAAAUGCCCUAUACAGAAGCCGUAAUCCAUGAGCUUCAGAGAUUUGCUGAUAUUGUUCCUUUAGGAGUGCCCCAUGCUGCCAGCAAAGACACAACCUUCAGAGGAUAUCAUAUUCCAAAGGGAACUAUGAUUUUUCCAAUCCUGACUUCUGUCCUGAAAGACCCCAAACAUUUCAAGAACCCAGAUGAGUUUGAUCCUGGACAUUUUCUUGAUGAGAAAGGUUCCUUUAAGAAAAUCGAUGCCUUUAUGGCAUUCUCUACAGGAAAACGUGUGUGUGUGGGAGAAGGCCUGGCCCGCAUGGAGCUCUUCCUCUUUCUUACCACCAUGCUGCAAAAGUUUACCCUGGAGCCGACUGUAGACAGAAAGACUCUAAGUAUAAGACCAGAGCCCGACACCAAUGCUUCAAGGCCUUGUUCAUACCAGAUGAAAGUCGUCCCUCGUUCUUAGAAACGUAAGAAUGCUGCUAUCAUUUCAUAGGGAUACUGACAGAAAAAAAUUUAAGAUUUGUUACCAAAAAGUCAUAUUUUUUUAAUUCUCUUUUAAGACUGAUCAUGCCUGUCUCGAUGAAUACACUCAUGAGCUAUCACAUUUAAAGGGUACCUCUCAUCAAAAAAACUUUUGAUAUAUUAUAGAUUAAUGUAUGCAAAAUAACUUUACAAUUGCAUGUUAUUAAAAAAUAUGCUUCUUUCUAUUUAGUUUUCCACUUUGAAGAAAUGACCACUAGGGGUCUCCCUACCAGUCCUGGCAGCAAGCAUUUCAGACUCAUGCUGGAGUCCUAAACACUACGAGCUGCCAGUCUGCUUUGUUCACAAAGGAGAACACUCAG